AUGUUUGUCACCGGAACACCUAUCUUCACCUCUUCUUAUUCCGCGACUGUGUCUGUCCACCAGAGAAUUGGAACCAUGUUGGGUCGUACUUAUCCUCAGCAGCAGCAACCUCAAUCUCUGCAAGCCUUGGCACGCAGCAAGUCCUUGUGUCUUCGACAAUCUCAGUCUCUCCGGACUUCACAACGCUGCUGCUCUUUAAACUACAAUUCAGGAAAUGAUGCAGAUUACAGUCCGGAUUUCUCAAAUGCCGAAAUUGAAUUUAAGAACAAAGGAUUCUUAGUGAUAGCAGUAGCUGAGGUGUUGUCACAGUUCAAUGGUGUUGCAACAGUUUGUAUUUCACCAAAGUCUUCCAGCAUAAAUCUUAACCAAGUGGCUUGUGUAGUUGCCUUUGAUGCACUAAUAUACUCUGCUUCAGCUGUGGAUAAAGCAACACAUUGUUGCUUCACAGAUGCCUAA